UGCUUCAUCAGUAGCGGUAGCAUUAGAAGCAGAAGCCACACUAGUAGAGCAGCAGCAGCAGCAGCAGCAGCGACUCCAACACCGCCGGAGCCGCCGGGAUGAGCGCCUCCCGCCGCCCUCUGCUCCGAACCCGGCCUUUCUGACAGGAGGUUUGAAGAUUGCUAAAACAUUACAAUCAUGGUGCAAAAAUACCAAUCCCCAGUGCGGGUAUAUAAACACCCCUUUGAGUUAAUAAUGGCUGCCUAUGAAAGGAGAUUUCCUACGUGUCCUCUGAUUCCAAUGUUUGUACACAGCGACACUGUGAAUGAAUAUAAGAGUGAUGAUGGGGCUAUUCAUGUUAUUGAACGACGCUGUAAACUGGAUAUAGAUGCACCCAGGCUAUUGAAAAAGAUUGCAGGAGUUGAUUAUGUUUACUUUGUUCAGAAAAAUUCAUUAAACCGCCGGGAACGGACCUUGCAUAUAGAGGCUCAUAAUGAAACAUUUUCCAACCGGGUCAUCAUUAACGAGUACUGCUGUUACACAGUUCACCCUGACAAUGAAGACUGGACCUGCUUUGAACAGUCUGCAAGUCUGGAUAUUAAAUCUUUCUUUGGUUUUGAAAGCACUGUGGAAAAGAUUGCAAUGAAGCAGUAUACCAGCAAUAUUAAAAAAGGAAAAGAAAUCAUUGAAUAUUACCUGCAUCAAUUAGAAGAAGAAGGUAUCACAUUUGUGCCCCGCUGGAGUCCUCCAGUCUCAUGCUCCUCAAAGAAAACUUCAUCUUGUAAUAAACAACCAGUGUCGGCUGCUAUUAGCAUACCAGAUCCACCAACAAAGGAAGGAUUGAAUAAUGAAAUUCUUAACUCUAACAGUUCAUCUGAGCUUGUAGUUGGGACACCUGAUGACAAAUUGGAUGCAGACUACAUCAAGAGGUAUCUGGGUGAUUUGACUCCAUUACAGGAAAGCUGCCUGAUCAGGCUUCGACAGUGGCUCCAGGAAACCCAUAAGGGCAAAAUCCCCAAAGAUGAGCAUAUAUUACGUUUCCUCCGUGCUCGUGACUUUAAUAUUGACAAAGCUAGAGAAAUCAUGUGUCAGUCAUUAACCUGGCGAAAGCAGCACCAAGUGGACUACAUUCUUGAUACAUGGAACCCUCCCCAAGUACUUCAAGAUUACUAUGCAGGAGGCUGGCAUCACCAUGACAAAGAUGGGCGUCCACUCUACGUGCUUAGGCUGGGACAGAUGGAUACGAAAGGUUUAGUUAGAGCACUUGGAGAAGAAGCUUUGCUGAGAUACGUUCUCUCAAUAAAUGAAGAAGGAUUAAGAAGAUGUGAAGAAAAUACAAAAGUAUUUGGUCGACCUAUCAGUUCAUGGACCUGUCUGGUAGAUUUGGAAGGAUUGAAUAUGAGGCAUUUAUGGAGACCUGGGGUGAAAGCACUACUCAGGAUCAUUGAAGUUGUUGAAGCCAAUUACCCUGAAACAUUGGGCCGCCUUCUUAUACUCCGAGCUCCAAGGGUAUUUCCUGUCUUAUGGACACUGGUUAGCCCAUUCAUUGAUGACAACACAAGAAAGAAGUUCCUUAUUUAUGCAGGCAAUGACUACCAGGGUCCAGGGGGUUUACUGGAUUAUAUUGAUAAGGAAAUUAUCCCGGAUUUCCUGAGUGGAGAAUGUAUGUGUGAAGUGCCAGAGGGUGGGUUAGUCCCCAAAUCUCUGUACAGGACUGCAGAGGAGCUAGAAAAUGAAGACCUCAAACUCUGGACUGAAACCAUCUACCAGUCUGCAAGUGUUUUCAAAGGAGCACCACAUGAGAUUCUUAUUCAAAUUGUGGAUGCCUCUUCUGUGAUCACUUGGGAUUUUGAUGUGUGCAAAGGUGACAUUGUUUUUAACAUCUAUCACUCCAAGAGAUCACCACAACCUCCUAAAAAGGACUCUGUGGGAGCUCACAGCAUUACUUCUCCAGUAGGAAAUAAUGUGCAAUUAAUAGACAAAAUGUGGCAGUUGGGACGAGACUAUAGUAUGGUGGAAUCCCCACUCACUUGCAAAGAAGGAGAAAGUGUUCAGGGCUCACAUGUGACCAGAUGGCCAGGUUUCUAUAUUUUACAGUGGAAAUUUCACAGCAUGCCAGCUUGUGCCACAACCAGCUUACCACGAGUAGAUGAUGUGCUGGCAUCACUACAGGUUUCUUCUCACAAAUGUAAAGUGAUGUACUACACAGAAGUAAUUGGUUCUGAAGAUUUCAGAGGUUCUAUGACCAGCCUGGAAUCAAGUCACAGUGGUUUCUCCCAGCUAAGUGCUGCCACAACCUCUUCCAACCAGUCUCAUUCCAGUUCCCUGAUUUCCAGAUGGCGAUUUUGCUGACAGCUGCAAAGAAAGUGCUUCAUUCAACAAUCUACAUCUGCCCAGAGAUGUUUGUAGAGCUAUUUGAAUUGUAGCCAUUUUAAGUUGGCUCAAAAGUGACAUGUUUUUUUCCAUGAGAAUUUAAUAUGUCUUUAAGAGCCCAAAGCCUAUUGCUACACAAAUGCUUACAAGGUUUAUUCAUGAGGAAAGUAAGAUCUAAUUCUCCCUUUAAGAGAAUUGAUGUGACAAACAUAACCUGAUUAUGCAGUUUCAAUAUGCCUACAUAAUUUUGCUUUUUUGCCUCUUCCCUCAUCCCCAAAGUGUGAUACUAUUACUGCUUUCAUUUUGCUUUUUUCUGGCACUGAUGAUUCUUUUGGCUUCUCCCCUAUAUUACUAGUCUUAGCCUACCCUUCUUCCUGAAUUCAUUAUUUACAUAUUGAAUUCUGUAAAUGAUUAUAAACAUAUUACCUCACUCUUGGUAAUAAGAUACUGCUAGUCUUUAAAAGAUUUUUUUAUUGUUAUCAAUAAAUGUGAACUGUUUAAAGAAAAAAAGUAUUUCUUUCUUGACUGGAUUUAGCCUGCCUAAAUUAAAGUUUGGAAAUCCUAGUUAGUGGAAAUGAGUGAAGAAACUGAGUGUUUUAAAAAUUGCUUCUCACUUCUAAAUGCUACCUCCCCCAAAAUAAUAUCUUUGGGUUCCACUUCAUUUUAGUAGUUUCAGAGUUCUCUCUGUCUUAAGAGUAUGCCUUAGAUUAAUAAUGGUUGUAGGUUCAUUGGUAUUUAACAAAACUGGUCGUGAUUAUUUUUUUCCACUUAUCAGAAUGAAGUCCUGACCCACUGUGAUCAGGAUCCUGUUUCUUCAGUUGUUAAAGAAACACUGUCUUGAAAAAUGACUCCUUUGCUAUUCUUAGGGCAAAUAGCAGCUUCCAAAACUAAGACAUAAACGGGGCAUCAAAAAGGUUCAUUUUUAAUUUAGUUGAGGAUCUGGUAUAGCUGUGUGAUGGAAUUUAGGGGUGAGUAGGGUGUUAUGAUUUGAUGAUCUUGGCACUGCUUCACGUUAUGCAUAAUUUGUCUAACUGCACACACUCUCUCCCCUUAGAAAGUAUCAGACCUGCCUUAGCAUUAGUAUGAACUGAAAGAACUUGUAAAAUACGCUUUCAGUUCCUUCCUUAUACAUUUCUGAAAAUUAAAUGUCUAAGCUGUACUAACAUCUUUGUGAGAGGAGAGGGUUAGUAGAGUGAGAAAAAAGGAAAGGUGGAGAGUGAUUUGUUUUUUUCUUACAAAAUGGCUAUGUUUGCAGUUGGAAAGUUAGUAGUCGGUGAACAAACUAGAAGCUAUUACAUUCUAAUAUUAGGAAGCCAAUGCUAUAUAUCCAUCUUGAGUUGUGAGUUCAUUUAUUUUUCCCAAAAAAGGACCACACAGCAAAAUUUUUGAUCUAGGAAAGGGUCGAAGAACUUUACUGAAGAAAAUCCAGAUAGGAUAAUAGGGUGGAGAGGAGACAUAUGAUCAUGUUUAAGGGUUUGUCCAUAAUAGUAUUCUCUAUUCUGAACAUAAUCUGGCUCAGUUAAAUUGCUUAAUUCUUUAGCUAACAAGGAAAAAAUUUCUUUGCAUUAAUUUUUUUAAGCUGUAUAUUUAAUUUAAAAAUUGCUUUGCUAAGUUUCUCUUUUAGUGGAAGGAGGUACAUUUGUUUUUUGUUUUUUUUGUUUGUUUGUUUGGUAAGGCUAUUGGGGUCAACUGACUUGCCCUAAGUCACACAACUAUGAAGUAUAUUAAGUGUCUGAGGUUGUAUUUGAACUCAAUUCCUCUCUUUCUGACUUCAGGGCUAGCUACCUCUAUAUUCUGUUUUUCUAACAGUGUAAGACAAAAAUGAAAAGACUUCUAUAUAGAACUUCCUUAAUAGUCUGCAUUUUGCUUUAAAUCCUUUCUUCAUUUGAAUGCCACAUUUAAAAAGGACCUUAGGGAUCAUCUAGUCUACUCACCUCUUCCCACCUCCUUUCAUUUUAUAAAAGAAACAAGAGAAAAAUUGACUUCUAAUAGUUUUUUCACAUUAUGUUUGGAAUGCCUGGCCUUAUUCAACUACAUUCUCUGUGAUGUAUUUUCUUUUGAAUCUUCCCUUCAUCAAGGUGUUUUGUAAGCACACAAAUGGAAUAAUAACAAAGAAAUAUGUGGUUUUUUUUCCCUGUGGAAUCACUGAAAGAUGUUUAAUGUGGAUCUGUUUAAAUUCAGCUUGUUUCUCUUAAUGUCAAAUUCCUAAAACCUUUCACAAAGCCCAAACUACACAAAAGUUCCCAAACCUUUCAAGUUAUUUGUAAACAGAUCUCACUGAACCUGCUAGAAAUAUUGGCACAAAACAGAGUUUCCCAAUUAAGGAUUUGGAAAUACAAAAGCAGUGCUUGCUGGUUCAAAGGAAAAUUAAGAAAUUGAUGCUUUUAAAAGAAAUAAUUCAUCCUUUUGGACAAACCAUGUCCAUUGGGAAUUUUGCUGCUUGUAAUUGUCAGUUUUAGUUUUGAAAGUAUGUAACUUAACAUUUAGCCACACUGAUGACAGAUGAAAAGAGGCAGUGUGACUCCAUAAAAAGCAAGUUUUAGAAUCAAGAAAAUUUGGAUUCCAAUCCUGUUUCUUGAUUCAUACCAGCUGUUUUAAUAUCACUUAACCAUUCACCACUCAAACUAUUUUCUAUAUGAUACUGGUCAUGGACACAUAGUAGUUAUUAGUUGCAGAACUGCACUGGAUGACUUUCCACCUUCUGCACCUAUGAAUGAAAUCAAGUGUCCAGAUCCUUACCCCACUUCAAAAAAAAAAAAAAUUUAACCGAGGGUGAACAAAGAGGACUCGCCAGUCUGCUGCAGGAAACAAAAUAAUCAUACUUUUAAAUCCAUUGCAGAAUGGAAAGUUUAUCAGAUUCCCAGUUUAAUAUAGUCAGAUAGCCAAGUAAA